UCAGAGGAACAGGACGAAGAAGAAGAAGCUAGCAUUGUGAGGGAUCCUACACGAGCCAGCCGGUAGCUAAGUCGUUUCGCCGGUGACUUUUCUGGUUGAUAAGGGAGAAAACCCCACCAACCAGUCACCUUUCCCCCACCAUCAAUUCCACCCCAAUCGAGACCAGCUUCCUUUUCUCUCGCCCACAUUCAUACAACCGACCUGCCCACGCCUACGCGACAUUCCGCCUUCGGAGACGCAGCCUCGCCCUUAUCCCGCGUAGCGCCACCAUGGCUGCCGUCGAGGAGUUGGCCCAGAGGGUCAAGAACGACGAAAAGUGCUACAUCGACACCGACGCAGGCAAGGACGACGACACCGCCGACGGCUCUGAACUCAAGCCCUACAAGUCCCUGCCUUACGCCUACAUCCAGAACUUCGAGAAGCCCACCCCCCACUACCUGUCUCGAGCCUCUGUCACCGGCCCUAUCGGCCCCGACGACGACCCUUCCGCCCGCCUGCUGUGGAAGGAGCCUGCCAAGAGCGCCGCAAAGAAGGCCCAGAACGCCCUGGACGCGCACAAGAAGAAGGUCCAGAAGCAGCUGCAGGCGGCUGCUGUCGAGGAGGAGCAGAAGAAGCAGAGGCAGCAGAACCUCGAGGCGGCCAAGAAGGUGGUGCUGAAGCAGGAUGCGUCGCUACCCGAGGCCGUCAGGAUCAAGAUCAACCGCAAGGAUAUCGAGCUCGGGGACGGCGACAAGAAGGGCACCCGAGUCAAGGUCUUCGGGAGGAUUCACCGCCUGCGACCCCAGAAGCAGGCUACCUUCAUCACCCUGGUCGAUGGCUACGGCCAGCUGCAGUGCAUCCUGGCCGCUGGCGACCUCACAAAGACCUACGACGCCCUAACCUUCGCCCAGGGCACCUCGCUCGCCUUGUACGGCGAGAUGCGCAAGGUGCCUCCCGGCCAGACGGCCCCCGACGACCGCGAGCUGCACGUCGACUAUUACGAGGUCCUCGGCGCGUCCCCGAGCGACGAGGAUGCCAUCACCAACAAGGUUUCGGCGUCCCAGAACCAGUGGGAUGCGCUGAUGCUCGACAACCGACACCUGGUCCUGCGAGGCGAGAACGCGUCCGCCAUCAUGAAGAUCCGGGCCGCGGUAGAACGCGCGUUCCAGAAGGUCUACGACGACCUGCAGCUCACCAAGGUCUCGCCGCCCGCCCUGGUGCAGACCCAGGUCGAGGGCGGGGCCACGCUUUUCAGCGCCCCUUACUACGACGAGACCGCCUAUCUCACCCAGUCGUCCCAGCUCUAUCUCGAGACCGUCCUGCCUAGCCUAGGAGACGUCUACUGCAUCGAGAAGUCCUUCCGCGCGGAGAAGAGCUUGACGCGCCGCCACCUUUCCGAGUACACCCAUAUCGAGGCCGAGUUGGAUUACAUCAACUUCGGCGAGCUGCUGGAUCACCUGGAGGAGGUCAUCUGCCGUGUUAUCGACAUCGUCCUGGCCGACCCAGCCACCGCAGCACACCUCAAGGACCUCAACCCUACGUUCGAGAAGCCGUCUCGGCCGUUCCUGCGCAUGAAGUACUCGGACGCGAUCGACUGGCUCAACGCCCAGGACCCCCCGAUCCCCAACGAGGAGGGCAACCCGCACGUGUUCGGGGACGACAUCGCCGAGGCGGCCGAGCGCCGGAUGACCGACAUCAUCAACCGGCCUAUCUUCCUGACGCACUUCCCCGUCGAGAUCAAGGCGUUCUACAUGAAGAAGGACCCGUCGGACCUGCGCGUGACCGAGAGCGUGGACUGCCUAAUGCCGGGUGUCGGCGAGAUCGUCGGCGGCAGCAUGAGGAUGGAGGGCUACCAGGAGCUGCUCGACGCGUACAAGAGGCAGGGCAUCGACGCCAAGGAUUACUACUGGUACACCGAUCAGCGCAAGUACGGCACCUCGCCUCACGGCGGAUACGGCCUCGGCCUCGAGCGCUUCCUCGCCUGGAUCGCCAACCAGCAUACCGUCCGCACCACCUGCUUGUACCCCCGCUUCAUGGGACGCUGCAAACCGUGAGUCCCGCGGCUGCCGGCACAGAUGGGCGCGGGCGUGGGCCGUUUGCCGUGACGUCACGCACGAGGCCGAUGGGAAGACGGAAGCGGCGUGGGAUGUCGGGGUGGCGUGUUGAGAGGGGAUAUAUGGGCACGGAGAAGACGAGGAGAAGGGUAGAGAGGAAGAGAGAGAGAGAGAGAGAGAGAGAGGAGUGGGGAGGGGGGGUUGUUUCACGGACGGAACCGGAUCGGCAAGCGGCCGAAGUUAUACCUAUGUACCUAACGCGCGUAGAUCUUGCUCAGGUGCCUCCCGUAACGUCGCCCAGGCA